AUGGCUUUGGAGAAUGAAAGUAGUCGUACCAUUCACCAACUUUUGUCCAAGAUUGCUACCAAUGAUCAACAUGGGGAAAACUCCCCUUAUUUUGAUGGUUGGAAAGCAUAUGAAAUUGACCCUUUUCAUCCCACUAAAAAUCCAGAUGGUAUCAUUCAAAUGGGGCUUGCUGAAAACCAGCUAUCUUGUGACUUGAUAGAGGAGUGGAUUAGGAAAAAUCCAGCAGCAUCGAUUUGCACUACUGAAGGAGUAAACAAGUUCAAGGACAUAGCCAAUUUCCAGGAUUAUCACGGAUUGCCCGAAUUCAGAAAAGCAGUAGCGAGACUAAUGGGGAAAAUAAGAGGAGAUAGAGUGAGUUUUGAUCCAGACCGAAUAGUGAUGGCCGGUGGAGCAACUGGAGCUAGUGAGCUCAUCAUGUUUUGUUUAGCAGAUCCUGGGGACGCUUUCUUGGUGCCUACCCCUUAUUAUCCAGCAUUUGAUAGGGACCUAAAAUGGAGAACAGGCGUCCAGCUCGUGCCAGUAAUUUCCCACAGCUCAAACAACUUCAAGAUCACAAAAGAAGCUUUGGACGAUGCCUAUGAAAAUGCCCGAAAAUCCAACAUUCGAGUCAAAGGCGUGGUUAUCGCAAACCCUUCAAAUCCAUUAGGUACGACCGUUGACCUAGACACACAAACAAUCCUCCUCAAAUUCAUCAACGACAAACAAAUCCACCUCGUUUGCGACGAGAUUUAUUCCUCCACCGUCUUUGCCGGCAAUCCUCCCGGCCGGAAUUUUGUCAGCAUAGCCGAAGUCAUUGAAGGCGUGGAAAAUUGUACCGUUAACCGCAACCUCAUUCACAUUAUUUACAGCUUGUCCAAGGACAUGGGGCUUCCGGGUUUUCGUGUCGGAAUCAUGUACUCCUACAAUGACGCCGUCGUGCAAUGUGGCCGGAAAAUGUCAAGUUUCGGGUUGGUCUCCUCGCAAACGCAGCAUCUCUUGGCGUCCAUGCUAUCGGACGACGAAUUCAUCCAUCAUUUCUUGGCCGGAAAUUCCGAGAGGCUGGCCAAAAGGCACGCGGAAUUCACGAACGGGCUACGUGAGGUUGGGAUUACUUGCCUUACAAGUAACGCCGGGUUGUUUUGUUGGAUGGAUUUACGUCAAUUACUAAAAGAAUCCACGUUCGAAGCGGAAAUGGUGCUUUGGAAAGUGAUUAUUAACCAAGUUAAGCUUAAUGUUUCUCCAGGGUUUUCGUUCCAUUGUAACGAGCCGGGCUGGUUUAGGGUUUGUUUUGCAAACAUGGAUGAAGAGACAUUGGAAUUGGCUUUGAAAAGGAUAAAGAAUUUCAUGGAGAAUUUGAAAAGGAAAGAAGAAUGGCGAAGGAAUAAUCUCAGCAGACUUAGCUUAAAGUUAUCAUCAGCUGGAGGAAGCAGACACGAUCAUCAUGAUCAUGUUGGUCUCAACAAAGCAUCACCAAGAAGUAGUACUACUGGAAUAUUGUCUCCUCAUUCCCCCAUGUCUCAGACACAGCUGGUUAAUUAG